AUGUGUUGUUGUUUGGACAUGGACAUUGUUGUUAUUGUUGUUGACGUUGUUGUUGUUGUUGUUGUUGGUGGGGUGCUGCUCACCAUUUGUGGAUUGUGGUGGUGGUGGGCACUCCUGGGUGGCAUUGUGGUUGGAGCCAUCACUUGUUUGGUUGGUGACAUGGCAUUGCCGCAUUUGUGUGGUCAUUGUGCACCUGUGGAGCAUGGUGGUGCCUUCUACAUGGAUGAAGAUGGGUUUUCUCUCUCUGGGAAGCCCAAGGUUACCAAGUACGACUUUGAGGCUGUUGUUCUUUGGCCUGGCGAUGAACUACAUAUGCUGCCCAAUUCUGCACAUUGGGUGUAUGGCAUAGAUGAUGUGAUUUCACAGGGCGGUCAUUACUAUUCUUCGUAUCUUAUGCAGGAGACUCUGCAAGGCAUUGUACAUGCCUUUGUUCUCAACAAGUUCUUGACGAACACAGAGCAUAUUCCCUCUCAUCACCUAUUGCAGAGGAUCCUGAUCUUCUACCAAGUUGGCCUCAUUGAUGGUGGCAUCUCUGAAGAUGAUCCUGCAUUGGUUCAUCUACCUAAUGUCGAGACAAUGGAGGGCAUGCUCAAUAUCAUCUGUCUUGCAGUCCUGAUUAUACUUGGCAAUGUCCUGGAUUUUAGGACUUACAGCACUCCAAAUCAAGGGGAAGAUGAUGAAACCUCUCCUGCCCAAACAACAUUGAUGGACACUGAUGACAUCAAUGCCAUUCCCAACAAUGAAAGGAUUGCAUAUUGCUAUGCCCAUGGCGUUGCUUUACACAUCCUCAACUGGCUUCGUUCAUGCACCACUUUCACUGGCCCUGUGGAUGGUCUUGCCGAUGAUCUGAUAUCUCUAUUUUUUACUUAUGGCAGAAUUCCCCAUUGCACCUCCCAUUCGCUCAGCAAACAGAUUGCCAAUGUUCUUGAGGUAGAUCCAAUUCUGAAGGCUGCUUGGGCACAUAAAGAACGUGUUCCUUCACACUCUCUCAGCCUUGAGAAGAAGGAGAAGUAUAACAUUGAAUGGCGGCAUGAUUGGGAACCCACAUCGUGGAGAGCCCCAUCUGUUGAUUUUACUCUUGCAGGGCAGACGUCUUUUUAUAUCAAGUACUUUCAGGCCACUAAGCUGCAGAUUAACUCUGAGAACGCCAAUGUGAUUGUUGAUGUUGUCAAACCUCCACACAAGAAAGCAAAAGUGGGACAAUGUUCUAUAUGCUGUCAUCUUUAG